AUGAAACGAUCCAAAGAUGUAGAGAUUGAAGAACAUGUUGAUUUUAGUACUCUAUUACAAAACAAGCAGCUACUCCAAGGCUUACAACAAUCAGGCUAUGAGAAGCCUUCGCCCAUUCAGUUAAAGGCAAUACCUCUCGGCCGAUUAGGCAUCGAUUUGAUCGCACAGGCCAAAUCGGGGACUGGAAAGACUGUUGUGUUUGGUGUUCUUGCCAUAGAAUGUGUCAAUCUCUCUGUUCGUCAACCACAGGUACUGAUCGUAGCGCCUACUCGAGAAAUAUCUGUACAGAUCAGAGAUGUCAUUCGAGCCCUGGGCCAGUUCAUUCCUUUACAAGUCGAGGCAUUCAUCGGUGGUCUAUCCGUGGAAGCAGAUAUCAAAAAGGUCAAUCAUUGUCAUAUCAUCGUAGGCACCCCAGGUCGGCUCCUGGCCCUGCUACAGGAUAAAAAGAUAGAUCUGUCCCAUUUGAAACUCUGGGUGUUGGACGAAGCAGACAAGUUGCUCACCAAGGAGUUUACACCACAAACAGAAAAAAUCUUUUCGCAGUUACCCAAAUCGAUACAGCAUAUUGCCUUUUCUGCUACGUUUACAGAUCAAUUAUUGAAUGAUUUGAACGCGUUUAUGAAUUCACCUCAACAGAUCCGGCUUACAGAGGGUGUGCCUACACUUGACGAGGUGCGACAAUAUUAUGUUGAUAUUCAGUCAAGUGAACAAGCCUCGAAACUAUCAAUCUAUCGGUCCAAGUUUGAAACAGUGGCAGAGUUACUGAGAAAAACACCAUUUUAUCAAUGCAUGGUCUUUGUCAACAGCAUGCCAAGAUCCAUCGAGUUGGCUGAAUGGUUAAGUGAGAUGGGUUGGAAAUCCGCACAUAUCAGCUCUGGUUUAUCACAACAUGAACGAUUGGCCGUCAUGGAAAAGAUGAGGCAGUUUAAACUUCGUGUGCUGGUAUGUAGUGAUUUGAUUGCUCGAGGGAUUGACAUUGAUCGAGUCAAUUUGGUUAUCAACCUCGAUCUUCCGUGGGAAGUAGAGACUUAUCUACACCGAGUAGGUCGCACAGGCAGAUAUGGAACAUCGGGUAUAGCUAUAAAUCUUAUUGGACCCGAAGACAUACCUCAUUUUGAAGAGAUCAAGAGGAAAGGCAUCCAGGUGUUGCCUCUUCCUGGUAUAAAGAUAUAA